AUGGAUGGUGAUGAUGAUAGCGUUGUUGUCAAUGGACAAGAGCUUCAUUUGCCUCAAACAGAGACAGAAUCGGCGAGCUUACCGGCGAUGUCUAUUUUUCUAAAGCACUCCGAGAAAGCUACCAAGAGAAUUACAAAUUGCAAACCAUUAGAACAACAGUUAGCUAUUGUCCAACAGGAAAAUCAAGAAUUACAAAGCCAAAUAAACGAAUUGUCCAAUAUAGCCUUUCCUGAUAGUCCUCCCAAAUCGUGCAAAACUUCUCAGAGUGAAGUAUUUUUUGGCAAAAUGAAAGCUUACCGAACCAUUCUUGCAAGAGUUUUGGCUGAAGAAGAGCUUCAAACCCUCUUAAACAAACAAAAAGAAUUCCUAGAAAUAGAAAAGCACUUAAAAAGUUUACAAAUCAGGCAGCAAAUUCAAUUGUAA